AUGAUCCCAUUUCCAAGUGGGAGCGUUGAUAGUUUUGCGAACUUGCUUUCUGUCCCUCAAAACCUCCUUAAUGCUUCUCUACUGAAUGCGAAUGGGCUUAAUAUUCAAAGUCUUACAGGCCAGCCGUCUGGUCUACAUUUCGCUGGACACCCAUCCCCCAUGAGGAAUCUAUGUAUGGGUCUUGCCGUGCCAAUCAUUAAUGCAGCCAGCGUAAUCCCGGUUGCAAAUUUGGGAGUUGGUGUUUUGCCAUCUGUUCCUUAUGGGUCUGCAGGAUGCCUUAACCCACUUAUGUACUAUCAAGCUGCUGUAGGACAGACAAACCAGUCAUCCAUUCAUUCUCAUAAUACUGGGCCUCCCGAUUCAGCUGCUCAUACUAUUGUUCGCGGCCCUGUGUUGUAUAAAAGCGCGACCAAUCAAGAGUCCAGUACUACAAAAGGUAAAGAAGAAAGUCCACCAGAUCGGAUUGUAGCAUCAUAUGCUGCUGCAGCGCAUGCAGCUGCAUUAGCCUGUCAUCAACCGAUAUCUAGAGCUGCUGAAGCCUAUUUAGCAACAACCUCGAACAGUCGAUCAAGGCAUUCAUCAAAACGGUCUCGAACUGUAAAUCAUCAUUUGAUAAGUACAGCAGCCGCAGCAGCAACAGGAACAACAACUACCACAACCACGUUUACGGGGAAUAAUAAAUCAAAUAUUAUUAAUUAUGCUACAUCACUGUCUAGUUUAGCGUUAUUACCGUCAACGACAACAUCUCUUAUUCCAUCGGAGACAAAUUCUGAGGAGUCACAUCAAGGCUGGACUCGUAGAGUUGAUCGGAAAACUAAUAAUGUUGUGUAUAUAUCGUCUGAUGGUAUUCAUAUGCGUAAUAUUGAUGAUGUGUACGCCUAUUUAUCAGCGAAAUACCCGUCAGAGUGUUGUUUGAGUAAUCCAAGCGUUAAAGAAAUGAUUGCAACCCAGUUUAUAUUUACCCCAACAAAUAAUAGUAAUAACACCAUACAUUCACUUGCAGAUACAAUAAAGUUUGUGCAUAGUUUACAAGUAUCUGCUUUAAAGAAUAAUACAAAACACGAUGAUAAUCAUGAUGGCAAUACUGUAAGUCAACUGAACACUACUCACUCUCCAAGCAAAUCAUCUACUACUGAAAAUAGUGUACAUAACUACUCAUCGCCAGAGAAGACAUCCUCCAUUUGUCGUAUAAAUUUCAAUCCUGAUCAUCAUUCAGCAAAUUAUGGUACUUUACCAGCAGCGAAACGAUCAAAAUUAUCUGAUGAUACAACUUCUUGUGCUGCUGUGAAUGGCGGCGAGUCUAACGGAUUGUCUGUAUCAUUAUCAUCAUCGUCGUCAAGUGAUGAUUAUUCCACUGUCUGUUGUUCCACACAGUCCUCUAUUUCUUCUGCUUCUUCCAAUCCUAUUGAAUGCUCUGUAAAACAGGAUCUUUCAAAUGUGAGCAAUACUCUUGACACUUUGACAACAGAUGAUAGAGCAGCGUGUUGUAUACAGUCGAGUGAUGUCGACAGGGAUCAAUGCCACUCAACGCCACUGGCAAACAAUCGAGAUUUCAACAAUAAUAAUAAUAACAACAGUGAUGAAACAAUUCCAACGUCGUUGUCCACCAACACGACUCAUACAAAUGAUUAUGAUGGUGAUAUAUCUAAUAGAACUAGUCAAAAUAACAUUGUACAGAAUGGUAAUAUUAAUAAUAAUAGUAAUAAUAUAAUUGCAAAGCUUACCACUGAAACCCUGACAACUGGUGCUCUGCGUACAUCUAUGCCAUCAUUUACCACUGAAAUUGUCCCGUCAGUUUUUGCACCCAAUAACAAACAAGUAGUAGAUUUAACAAAUUUACAGAUGACAGAUGAUCCGUGUCAGCUGAAUUUGAUCACUACUGGUUCAUUGAAUGCUUUACAACAACAACACAACGCAACAACUUCAUCCUUUACUGCUUGA